GCAAGGAUACAAGCAAUGACUUGCAAAGCUUAAACUCAAAGGGGGGAGGAAUCAUUGAAAGCAAUUUUAGGUCCUUGGACAACAAUUGAACUCUCCGUUUAUCUUCCAGUCAUUCUCUGCGCGUCCUCAACACCAGUAGUGUCUGGUUUCAGCUCAGGAGGUGAACUAUGAAGGUACUGCUGAUUUUGAUGAGCCUGGGAUGUCUCGCGCAUUGUGCUCGAAUCCUCGCAGUGUUGCCAAUCCCUAGUAAGAGCCAUAGUAUCCUGCAGUACGCCAUAUUUCGUCUGUUGGCUCAGAGAGGGCACGAGGUAGUAGUAUACAGUGCCUAUCCUCCCCCGUACAGUGUAGCCAACCUCACGUACAUCGAUUUACCUACCAGUAUCGCAGAAUUAGCGAGUUCAUGGACGUUUGAACAGUUCCAAGAGAUAAUGGACAAAUCAAAAUUUUAUGGAUUUUCAAUGAAGACCUUUUAUGAAAUGACAACAUUGGCUAGCAAAGAAGUCCUUGAAAAUGAAAACAUAAAGGAGCUGCUAAAAUCAGACCAGCGGUUUGACCUAAUUUUCCUUGAAAUUGUGGGUCAAGAAUCUCUCUCAGUGCUGAGCCACAAGUUUAAUGCUCCUAUCAUAAAUUUCCAAGGAUUUGUUACCUGGAGUCUUGUAGAUUGGAUUGCCGGAAACUCCUUAUCCAUUUCACACAUCCCAGAAGUAGUUUCCUUUCCAUUCACGAACAACAUGUCAUUUAAGGAAAGACUACAGAACUUCUUGUCUACAGUUCUUACUUUUAUAUACUAUCACUUUGAACACCUUCCUAAUCACCAAAGGUUAGUUGAACAAUAUUAUAAAGAUCCCACAAUGCCCGAUGUCUCAGAAAUGCUGAAUGAAAUCUCUAUAACUCUUAUAAAUUCACAUAAAACCCUAGAAUAUCCCAGACCGUACACUCCCAAUAUGAUACCCAUUGGGGGAGCCCAUAUGUCUUCUCACAUGACUCCUCUACCUCAGGACAUAAAAUCAUUUAUUGACAAUGCUAAAGAAGGAGUAAUUUUCUUCAGUUUGGGUACAUUUGUACCUGCUCAUGUUAUGCCAAGUAAAUAUUUUCAAGCAUUCGUCAAUGCAUUUAAGAGAUUGCCUCAGAAGAUCCUGUGGAAAAUUGAACUUGACAAUAUACCUGGACUUCCUGUAAAUGUGAAGCUCACGAAAUGGGUGCCUCAGCCAACAGUGUUGGGUCAUCCUAACUGUGUUCUCUUCCUGACUCAUGGAGGACUGUUCAGCCAACACGAGGCAUUCUAUGCAGGAGUUCCAGUCGUUGGCAUACCAUUCUUUAGUGAACAAAGAUUCAACAUGAAGUUCUACGAAAGUCUUGGUGUCGGAGUCAAGUUGGAACUCAACGAAGUGACGGAGGAAACUGUAUACAAUGCAAUAACAACAAUAAUAAAAGACCAAAGGUACAAGGAGAACGCCAAGAGAGUGUCCAGGAUAGUGAGAGACCAGCCGAUGUCUCCAGCUGACACGGUCGUGUACUGGGUAGAGUACGUGUUGAGACAUGCUGGAGCUCCUCAUCUCAAGCCUGCCUCGGCUUAUCUUAAGUGGUACAAACUGUUACUAGUAGAUGUUGUUAUAACUCUGUUUGCCAUUGUGUUACUUAUCAUAUUUUUCUCAUAUUUCAUUAUCAGGAGAGUUUUAAGUCUUUGUUUUAGCAAUACUAGACAUGUUUCUAGUACAAAGAAAAGAAACUAAUUUUUCUAUGA